GAAUAUCUGAAAUCAGAGACACGAUAUCAUGAAGCAUACGGUAAUGAUGCCGUUGAUGAGGAAGUUCGUAGAUUUCGAGGCUUGGAGGGGUUUCUUUCUCCUUCUCUUCAUCCUCCACUUCGUCCUCGCCUGCCAACUUCUUCUUCUCCCACCGUUGGUUUCUGCUCAAGAUGGAACACCUGGUAAUGCUGCUGACCUGUUCAAUAGAGUUUCAGAAAAUGUAAAGGUGAAACGCUAUAGUGAGGCUCUCAAUGAUCUUAAUGCUGCUAUAGAGGCUGACCCAACACUUUCAGAAGCGUAUUGGCGUCGUGCAUCUGUAUUUCGUCAAUUAUGCAGAUAUGAGGAAUCUGAGAAGAACUACAGAAAGUUUUUGGAGCUAAAAUCUGGAACUUCUGCCGCGGAAAAGGAACUUUCUCAACUGUGGCAGGCUCGGAGUGCUCUCGAAACAGCUAUUGAUCUUUUUGAGGCAGGUGAUUUUGGAAAAUCUUUGGAUUAUAUUGAUAAAGUUGUCCUUGUUUUCUCACCUGCAUGCUCAAAGGCAAAACUCCUCAAAGUGAAGUUAUUGUUAGCAGUGAAAGAUGACUAUGGUGCAAUAGCAGAGACUGGAUAUAUGCUCAAAGAAGAUGAGAAUAAUCUGGAGGCACUACUGUUGCGUGGGCGUGCUUAUUAUUAUCUGGCUGAUCAUGAUGUUGCUUUAAGACAUUUCCAGAAAGGUCUCCGCCUAGAUCCAGAACACAGUGAACUGAAAAAAGCAUACUUUGGUUUGAAGAAUCUACUGAAGAAGACUAAAAGCGCAGAAGAUAAUGUGGAUAAGGGUAAGCUGCGGUUGGCAGUGGAGGAGUUCAAAGCAGCCCUUGCGGUGGAUCCUAACCAUGCUGCGCAUAACGUCCAUCUUCAUCUUGGUUUGUGUAAGGUCUUGGUCAAGCUUGGCAAGGGAAAGGAUGCACUCAGUAGUUGCACAGAAGCACUAAAUAUUGAUGAAGAGCUUAAGCUUAUUGAAGCUCUAGUUCAGAGGGGUGAAGCCAAAUUUUUGGCAGAAGAUUGGGAGGGUGCUGUGGAAGAUUUGAAAACAGCAGCUCAAAAAUCACCUCAGGAUAUGAAUAUCCGAGAAGCAUUAAUGAGGGCUGAGAGAUCUUUGAAAUUGAGCAAACGCAAGGACUGGUACAAGAUUCUUGGAAUAUCGAGAAGUGCAUCUAUAUCAGAAAUUAAACGUGCAUACAAGAAGCUUGCUUUACAAUGGCACCCAGAUAAGAAUGUUGAUAAUAGAGAGGAGGCCGAAGCUAAGUUCCGAGAAAUAGCUGCUGCAUAUGAGGUACUUGGAGAUGAAGAGAAACGUGUAAGAUAUGACAGAGGUGAAGAUUUAGAGGACAUGGGUGUGGGAACGGGUGGCGGUGGUUUCAACCCUUUUGGUGGUGGGGGACAGCAAUUCAGUUUCCACUUUGAUGGCGGUUUCCCUGGCGAUUUUGGUGAAUUUCAUUUUUGAUUGUGAUGAGAGAAUCAAUUGCCUUCAUUAACAGAGAAUUAAAUCAAGGAAAAGGAGCACUUGUCCUCAAGAGGGACAAAAAGCAACUGACUGAUGCUAACAAAUAGUUGUUAGAUUGUGAGUCUAUGCAAGCCAUUUAGAAGAAGCUUGUUCUUAUUCAAAAGUUGCUUCUAAGAGAAUUUUCCACAGCGGCGUAUCAUUUAUCCCAAAUUUGUUUGGGUUUGUUACUCAUCUUCUGUGGCUAAUGGCAGUGGCGCCCCAGUUUUGAUGUUACUUCCGCUUUUAAUUAUACAGAGAUGUAACAUAGAAAAAUUCUCCUUC